UUAACUCGUCUGUAUCAUUAUUUUUUUCGCCCGUGCAGCAUUUGCAUUAUAGUUAUCGUUAACUGCAUGCGUUAUGUUUAAUAGUGACGAACAAGGAAUUGCAGAAGACCAAAAUGGUCCACGAGUGAAACAACGAGGAAAAAUCAUUUCUACGGACGACAGAAUACGUAUCGUACGUAUGUACAAAAAACAUUUGGCGAAAGAUCCGAACACGUCAAUGAAACAGUUGAAGCAACGCAUUUCGGAGCGCAUGGGCGUUGGUGAGUCGACGGUGCACCAGAUCAUACACGUGUAUAAGCGGACGAAUUCGGUGGUACCGCCGAAACGGACGAAGGUCCGGGAAACUUUUCGCGAUUCGUUCGACGAACCGUCCAGGAACCGUAUCCGCCGGCUGGUGCAUUUGGUUCGGACGCGGGAAAUCCCGACGGUGGACAGGAUUCACGAGGCGGUGUCCGGCGACGCGUGUUUGCCGCCGAUAUCGCGCACGAACCUGCACAGGUUGCUCAGGGGCUUGGGUUUCCGUUACACCAAGGGAACCCGUCACCGCGCGCUGACCGAGAAAUCGGGAACGGUGCUGCGGCGCCGCAGGUACCUGGAGAACGUGGAGCGAUAUGUCGCCGGGAAGGGCGGCGCGUGUACUACGUGGACGAGACGUUGGUGAACGCGGGCGCGUGCUUCGUCGCGUUCCACGUCGGUUCCGCGGACGGUUUCGUGCCGGGCGGUUUGCUGUGCCGCGAACUGGUCGCGAUUGCCGGGACGCGGUGGGCGCGGACGAGUUUCGCGAGUGUAUGGGACGCGUUCUGCCGCUGCUGGCCGACGGCUCCGUCAUCGUGAUGGACAACGCGCCGUAUCACACGGCGAAGGUGGACAGGGCGCCGACGAUGGACGACGGGAAAGACGUCAUUGUCGAGUGGCUGAAGCGCAACGGGGAAACGGCCGACCGUUCGAUGGUGUACGUCGAGCUCAUGGCCAUGGUCAGACGCGUCAAGCCGCUCCGCAAGAAGUACGCGAUCGACGAACUCGCCAAAGCCGACGGGAAGACGGUGCUGAGGCUGCCGCGUAACCACCGCGAACUCAACCCGAUGGUGCUGGCGUGGUCGUCGGUAAAAGAACACGUGAGCGCGAACGUCAGUAGCUGCGAACCGUCCGACGGCAAAAACCUAAUCGUAGAGGCCGUGGACCGUGUGAACGCCGAGAUGUGGAAGGGGUUCGUUGGUAGCGCGAUGGAAGAGGAAAAAAAAAUGUUACGAAGUGGACUUCAUCGUGGACGACCUCUUGGAAGAGGACUUGGACGAUAAGUUGGCGGCCAAAAUUACCGGAGACACAGAAUCAUCCGAUAUCGACACCGAUUCUUGUUAAACGAUUGUACGAUCAUGGUGCGAUCAUAUGAUGACGUCCUUUUUGGUUUUUUGAAAUUGUGUAAAAUAAUAUUGUUACGCGCAAAUAAACAGUGAAUCUUUGUUUUUU